GAGAUUGACAGUUAGCAAGUACCGCUUUUUCAUGCUUCUCGGAGUGGAGUAUCCUCUGUGUGGAUAACAAAUAAUUAAUUGUCCUAGCUACUUCGAAAGUUGUUUUUGUCGGACGGUUUUGGAAUUAGUUGUGAGGGAUAUGAAAGUGUAAAGCAAGACUUUCUUUUUUGAGACUCAAACGAAGUAACAUUGAGGCAUUUCUACGUUCAUGGCUGCUGGGGACCGUGCCCAGCUGCCGGKGACAAUAGCUGCUAGCCGGAGGGUGGAGAAGUCGCUCGAGGAAGCUGCAGCGAGCGGGGCUCUGAAUUUGUCUAAUCGCAAAUUGAAAGAGUUUUCCCGAAACGCUAGGAACUAUGACCUGUCUGAUAUUGUGCACGCAGACCUGUCGAAGAACCGUCUCUGCGAGCUGCCAGAGGAGCUGUGCCAGUUCAUCUCCUUGGAGACGCUCAGCCUACACCAUAACUGUAUUCGCUCCCUGACCCCCAGCCUUUGUCAUCUACAGGCUCUCACUUACCUUAACCUCAGCCGUAACCUUAUCUCCAACCUGCCUCCCUCGGUGUGUCAGCUCCCCCUCCUGCGAGUCCUGAUCGUCAGCAACAACAAGUUGUUGGUCCUGCCCGCCUCCAUACACACCCUCACACACCUCCGACAGCUGGAUGUGAGUUGUAAUGAUCUGCAGUGUCUGCCGGUGGAGCUGGGUCAGCUGGAGUGCCUGAGAGACCUCAACCUGAGAAGGAAUCGGCUCACCACGCUGCCCAAAGAGUUGUCCGAGUUGCCCCUGGUCCGGUUAGACGUUUCCUGUAACUGCAUCUCCCACGUGCCCGUGUGCUACCGCACCUGCGCCACUCCAGACAUUGUAUUGGACAACAACCCCUUGCAACAGCCGCCGCCCAGGUCUUGUUCCAAGGGGAAGUACCACAUUUUCAAGUUCCUCAACAUCGAGGCCUGCAAGAGGAACCAGGAGGAACUGGAGAGAGCCCUGAGACCCACCGGGUUCAACAGCUGUCUGUCACACCAGGAGCUGUUCUCUGGUCAGUAUGGAGGUCUGGACUCUGGCUUCAACAGUGUGGACAGUGGGAGCAAGAGAUGGUCCGGGAACAAGUCUGCAGAUGACUUCUCAGAGCUGUCCCUAUGCAUGGCUGAGCUCACCAGAGACCAGAGGAACCUGGAGGAAGAGGUGGAGGCGGAGGAGGACUCUCCCCUCACAGAGACCCCAGACAGGGUGAAUGGGGAGGCAGAGCCGGUGGUUCUCAUAGACGGCAGUGUCACCGAGGAGGAAGAAGAGAAGUGCAGGACAAAUCAUCCCACUCCCCCGCGUGAGAAGACCGGGAGGUCCUCACCACCUCCUCAAUCACAAGACUCUUCUAUAAGCAGGACUAGUAUCAGUGUGGAGGUAGGGGGCUGUGGAGGUAGGCCCCUGUCCCCCUCCAGUGUCACCCUGGAGGAGAGAAGGAGACCAGGCACCCUGCUCAUCUGGCAAGAGAGGGAGAGGGCCCAGCAGCAGAAGAGAGACCACCUGGCCAGAGACAACAGUUUACUGAAGAGGACGACAGGAAGUCAUGUGGCAACGCUGUCACAAACAGGAAGUAGCUCAAGUGGUGGCUCACCAGAGAACCGCCACUCCCAGAAUGGUCUCCGACAACGAUGUGCAAGUGCAGAUCAGAUGUGCACAUCAUAUCAGGUGUCAUCGUCUCAUGCGCCACUCGUUCAGCGCUCUGUUAGCCGAUCAGAGGGUCCGUCGUCUCCCAAGACAUCGUCCCCUCCAGGCCUGACACAGAAACCCAACAGUUUCCUGUUCCGCACCUCGUCCCGCUUCAGCGUCAAGAGUCAGGUCUCUAUCUCAGGCUCUACACAGAGUCUGGUGGAGGCAGGCGGUACUGAGUUGCUCUCCACGUUGCGAAGAGAGGAGAGACCAGCUGUCAUACAGCUACGCAAGACUCUAGAGUCGAUGUUGAAGAUCACCUUACCAGAGGAUCUAGGGGAGGUGUUGUCCAAUGGCACGGUCCUCUGCCAGCUGGCCAAUCACGUGCGGCCCCGCGCAGUGUCAAUCAUCCACAUCCCCUCCCCAGCAGUGCCAAAGCUGAGCACUGCCAAGUGUCGUCUCAAUGUGGAGAACUUCAUCGCUGCAUGUCGCAAGCUGGGGGUCCCUGAGACGGAGGUGUGUGUGUGCUCUGACGUGUUUCUCUGUAAGCUGCCUGCUGUGCUGCGCUGUGUGGCGGCCCUCGUGAAAUAUGAGGGGGAGGCAAAGGGUGAGACUCGUACCGCCCAGACAGUUGACCCCCACACCCCCGACCUCUCACUGGUCUCGGAGGGCUUCCCUGUGUUCUACUGCCUAGCCAUGGCUCUGAUCUACACACUCUACUUCCACCUGGUUGCGUAGAUACUGAGGGAUUGUGUGUGUGAGAGAAACGGCGUGAGAGUGCUUAUACGCACUUGGACUGACACUGACGUGAAUUUGACCACCUAAUGCGAACAUUCAGACAACCAGGAUUGAAAUGAUCCACCGUGAAUUGGCAAGAAACGCACAUGCAAAACAGACUCGUACACACACAAACAUACAACUGCCCUGGCAUGGGGUAUGCAGGGCGAGAGUGAGGCCCACAACACAGGAAGGACUGUCAGCUGCUCCCUCCAACCCCACAGCUGCUCCUAAAAAGUACAUGACACAUGAUGACGUACACAACCCACACAGCACACAGCAGAGCACACUGUGUAUACUUACAACAGCUGAUGUGGUUCGGCUCAACAUGAAACCAUAUGAUAUUAAAAGCAGCAACCUUUGAGUAGAUGUGCCCUUUAAAGUUAAAAGUACUCCUCUGGACCAUCGGCACUGAAAAGGCACCUAUUUAUAUAAGCUAAAAUACCCUAAUUUAAAGGUGCCUUCUGACAUGACAACCUAUGUGAAUGAAUAGCAGAGAAAUACAUUUGUGAAAACACUACAGAUCGUACAGUAAAACUAAACACUAUAAUGGACAUUUUAAAGGGCUUCCCUACAUGACUGCCUUUGCAUAGUGCCCUAGUCGUUACCCCUCUGCGGCACAGAAUGUCUCUAUGUCCUGUCUCCAGUGAGGGACAGCUACUUAGAGAACUGUAAACACCCGUUGUAACCCUUGAGGGCAUAGUGUCCUUUUCUAUCACUCGAUGUCUUUCAAAUAAGAGGACAUUUUGUAAAUAAGUCUCUCAAAUUUGCUGAAAGAGUUGACAUUUUUUCAUGGAGGCCAGUUUGUGCAAAUGAGACAAAUCACUAAUGCUUCCUAUGACUGGCUGACUAUAUGACCAAUGCUUUCCACUGUUUAUUGUCUGCUAUGUCUGAUUGUGCCCACCCUGGGGGUGGUGUUGCUACAGGACACUGACUGCUAUUCCCAAUGCUUUAAUGUGUAAACCGACGGUACAGAAUCUUUUCAAAUCUUCUUUUUGUGGUUGUUGCUGAUUUUUGUUUGUUUGGUCGGCUUAGCAUGCUUCAUGUUUGUAUAAACGUAAACAACUCAUCAAAUUAUUUUUGUAUUUUUAUACAGAGAAUUAAGAACUUUUUUUCUGUUUGUUGCAGUGCUUUCUGAAAGAGUAGUUGUCUCAUAGAUAAAAACAAACUGAAAUCAAUUGGGUUAAUUUACUUCCUGAUUGACUGAGUCUGAUGACUUGUUUUAGCUGUUCAUUGGGACCACUUUUUGAAAGGUUGCACAAAUAACCAUUAAGGUAAAUGACAGAUGAGGGUUAGUCUGAUAGUUCAUUCAGACUUAAGUUAACUGUGAUCUGAUUCUGUCUUAGUUMAGUCACUACAUUUUCCAUCAGCCCUAUUAUGUACAAUGUUGCUGUGGGUGCUCUUGGGAAGCUGUGUUUUAGUGCAUCGUGAGGCCUCUGCUUUCUCCAGCAUAAUGCUAUGUUGAAACUUAUUGAGCAUUCUGUGAAAAAUGUGAUGUCCAAGCUAAAAAUACUGAGGCUUACUACAUUCAACACACACACACACAUAAAAUGUAAAUGGAAGGCAACAUUUCAACAUACACCUUGUAUUUGAGGUGUGUCUUGCAGAGGUGUCAUCCUAAUGCUGUAGUCAUGACUUUCCAGAGGACCUUAAUAUAUACUGUACAUAUUGAUGGGGCUUAUUCACCUUUCAUGAAGUGGGCAAGAAGAGCGGACAUUUUGGUGGUCAAGGCUAUGUUGUUUCAUACUGGGUCCAUAAGGGAUCUGUAGAAAUGUCUGUUGAAUGUUUCCCUAUCUUUGUCUGUUACACCAUUUUUUUGUGCAUAACCUCAGUCAGCCUUGUUGGAAUUGAAUUUGCGAUAAUGUUGUUUCAACCAAAAUGUUUUUUAAAAACAGUGGAUAGAACUUAARUAUAUUCUUAAAUGUUUAAAAGAACAAAUACUGUUUUAUUUUAUUUCUGAGUUUAUAUAAAAUCUAUAAAGUAUUUUUUUUCCCGCUGU